AAAUGGGGAACAUGCCACCGUCCCGUUCUUCCAACUCGUCGCUAUCGACCACCACCACCAACACAGCUACGACAACAACCCCCACUGCCGCUAAUGUCAUGACUGCGACGGCGGCUUUUGUUUCAAGCGGAGAUUCACAGCCAUCGGUGCUUUCUACUAAAGUUGUGAACCGGGCAGCAGGUAAUAACGGUGUUGUCAAGGCGAAGCGGCUUCGUAGUGGCAGUGCCAUGUCUGACUCGCGGCGUACUUCUGCACGCCAGGAAAAGUAG